UAUUUUUCUUCACCUUUUCUCCUCCAAAAAUCUCGCUAGUAUGGCUGAUCAUCAAUGCAAAGACUCUAAUUCUUCCGUUGGGCAAGAUAAUGCUGGAAUUAAUCAGCCUAAUCAUUCUCAACGGACUGUACAAACUAAGGUUGUCAUACCAAAUCAUCAUGGUGAAAAGCUAGUGGGGAUAUUACAUGAUACAGGUUCCAAGGAGCUUGUAAUUGUGUGCCAUGGAAUAAAGUCCAUGAAGGAACGCAUUCCCAUGAUAAGCCUUGCUACUGCUAUAGAAAAUAUUGGAAUGAGUGCAUUCCGCUUUGACUUUGCUGGAAAUGGCGAAAGUGAAGGUUCAUUUCGAUAUGGCAACUAUCGCAGAGAAGCUGAAGAUUUGCGUGCUGUGGUCCAACAUUUCAAUGGAACUGACCAUGUUAUAACCACGAUCAUUGGUCAUAGUAAAGGUGGAAAUGUGGUGCUGCUGUAUGCUGCUAAGUACCAUGAUGUUCAUAGAGUUGUAAAUAUCUCUGGCCGCUUUGAUCUUGAAAAAGGCAUUGAGGGUCGCCUGGGCAAGAAUUUUCUGGAAAGGAUUGAGAGCACUGGAUUUAUCGAUGUUUAUGGUAAAAGUGGAAAGUUCCAGUAUCGUGUAACUAAGGAGAGCUUAAUGGAUCGUCUAUUUACGGAUGUUCGAGCAGCCUUAAUUCUUGAGAACUGCAGGAUUUUGACUGUUCAUGGUUCCAUGGACCAAAUUGUACCUGUUAAAGAUGCCUUGAAAUUUGAUAAAAACAUUGCCAAUCAUGAGCUUCGAAUCAUAGAAGGGGCUGAUCAUGAGUACACCUUGCAUCAAAAAGAAUUGGUACAAGUUGUUCUAGAUUUUAUCAGAGAUCAAAAUCAAUGCAAUGAUGGGAUGAAGCAUUCACCAUCUCAUGUACGAGGUCGGCUUUAAUGGUUUUUUUUUCAGCAGAGGAUGCCUACUGCAACAAACACCAGGAGGCAAAAGGGGUCAGGACAUUGAAGAUUCUUUGACCACAAUGUUUGUUUAGUACACCAGGAUCUAGAAUCAGGGAACAAUAGUCUAUGGACUAUGGCUCAUGACCUGUAUUACUCUGUAUGUAUUUUUCCUUCAGGAUAAUUCAUUGAAACUUUUGCACAUUGUAUGAACUUUUUUCCAAACUUUUCAGGAAUUAUUGAAUUUAUAAAACUAGGAACUCUAUUUUUAAGAAACUACUGUUUGCAA